AUAUAUCUCUUUAAAAUGAAAAUGUGAUGAACUAGAAAAAUGAUUCGCCUGAAAGGCAGAACAUCAAUGACAAUCAUUUUAAUGAUACUUUUUGGUUUAUUAAUUAUUGUUUAUCAUAUGUUAAGCAGUGAAAUGGAAGAUGUCCCACCUUCAAAACUUCAUCUACAUGCAAAAUUAGAUAAUAAUUAUUUAACGGAAAAUUCUAAAAAUAUUGUAAUGAGGCAAAAAUUACACGGUCGAAUGAUGAAAAAUAUAAAAUCCAUUAAUAAGCUUGAAAAUUUUAAAAAUAUUAAUGAUAAAAAAUCAUAUGAAAAUGACAAAGUACCUACAUUGCAUAAAAUUGUCCAUUUGGAUUUAAAAGGUGCUCCUCCCGUUGUAAAUUAUUAUAAAUAUUUAUUUCCCAUUUUAACAAAAUUAGGAGCAACUGGAAUACUCAUAGAAUAUGAAGACAUGUUUCCUUUUAGAGAUAAUCUUAAUAAUGUUACGGCUGAAAAUUGUUAUACUAAAAGUGAAGUGAUGACAAUUCAAAAGAUUGCCAAAGACAAUAAUCUUAUAGUUAUUCCGUUGAUUCAAACAUUUGGUCAUUUGGAAUUCAUUUUAAAAUUAAAAAAAUUUAUAGAAUAUCGAGAAGUCUACGACUAUCCACAAGUUAUAUGCCCUACUUAUAACAAAACUAUGCAUCUUCUAUUUAGCAUGAUAGAUCAAGUGAUUGCAAUGCAUCCCAAUAUAAACUAUUUGCAUAUUGGUGCGGACGAAGUCUAUGAAUUAGGAAACUGUAAUCGAUGCUUAGAAAUAAUGGCAAAAUAUCAGUGGACUAAAAAACAACUAUUUCUUAAUCAUGUGCAUAACGUAGCAUCUUAUAUUAAAAUGAAAUAUCCUCAUUUGACAAUUCUCAUGUGGGAUGAUGAAUUUCGAGAAAUAGAUCCCAUGGAAAUUAUUUAUAAAGGCUUAAAUAAUUUAAUAGAACCAGUUGUAUGGAAAUACACUGCAGAUCCUACUACCACAUUGAAGGAUCAGCUGUGGAAGAAUUAUGCGAGUAUUUGGAAAUCUGUAUGGAUAGCAACAGCGUUUAAAGGUGCAACCGCCCCCGAUAGAUAUUACACAAAUAUCUCUUAUCACAUGGAGAAUCAUCAAAAUUGGUUACAAAUUAUUGCUCGACAAUCAAAACACAUAAAUUUUAGUGGUAUUAUUCUUACUGGUUGGCAACGAUAUGAUCACUUCAGUGUUUUAUGUGAAUUACUGCCAUCGGCACUACCGUCACUUGCUAUUAAUUUAAUGAUUUUAGAAUCAAAAAAUUAUAAUAAUUUACCUAUCGAAGUACCUCAACAAGUAAUGGAUAUCCUUAGUUGCGACGGUGCAAUUAGUCUAAAUCUUCCAGAGCCACAAUAUGGAUGGACAAAGUGCAACUAUUUUGGUGUAUCUAUUUAUUCUGCAAUACUUCGUCUCCAUUCAUUAUGCCAGGAAAUAUCGAGAAUGGAAAAGGAUAGUACAUUCAAGGGUUGGUUAAAACCGUAUAAUAUUAAAUAUGCUUUUUCAAAUCCUAGUCAUGUUAGAAGAGAUAGAUACAAAAUGGAAAUUAUUUAUAUUGAAAAAGAAAUGAAAAAUGCCAUGGAAGGAAUUUAUACAAAUUAUACUAUACAAGAAUGGCUUGAAACCUAUUUAUAUCCUUUAAACGACAAAGUUACAGUUUUAUGGCAUGCUAAAGAAAAAAUACUUGAAAAGAAUUCAUGGCCUAGAAGACCUUUAAAAAAGCCUCCAGAAUUGUAGAAUUGAA